AAGUGCAAAGAGCAAAACUGUGUAGGAGAGUUGGUGUUUACUUUGACAAGACAGGCAUUUUGCAAAGGACAGCCAGUGGGUGAGAACAUGGACAACUCAACUGAAAGAUCCAAGAAGAAAAAGGUUGUGUCAGUAGUGGGAGGUGGAUUGGUCGGUGCACUGAAUGCCUGCUUCUUUGCCAAAAGAGGUUUUGAUGUGCAUGUUUUUGAAACUCGGGAAGACAUCCGGCAAGCAAACACUGUCAAAGGGAGAAGCAUCAACCUGGCUUUAUCUCACAGGGGUCGUCAGUCACUGAAGCAUGUUGGGAUGGAGGAGAAGAUUGUUUCCCAGGGAAUUGCCAUGCAUGCGAGAAUGAUCCAUUCGUUAAAUGGGGUACAAUCUCCAAUUCCGUAUGGCAAGAAGGGCCAGUACAUCCUGUCAGUAGACCGAGCCAAUCUGAACAAGGAGCUUCUAACAGAGGCUGAAAAAUAUGCAAACACAAAGUUGAACUUUGAACACAAACUACAGGACUGGAGUGCUAAAACAGGGCUAAUGACCUUUACCAAGUCAGACGGGUCCAAGGAGCAGAUAGAAGCAGACCUUAUUGUGGGAUGCGACGGAGCCUUCUCGGCCGUCCGCAAGCAAUUCCUCCGUCAAAGCCGCUUCAACUACAGUCAGACUUACAUCCCUCAUGGCUACAUGGAGCUCACCAUGCCACCCGUCAAUGGAGAAUUUGCCAUGAAGGCCAAUUAUCUUCACAUCUGGCCCCGAAACACAUUCAUGAUGAUUGCGCUCCCCAACUUGGACAAGACUUUUACCUGCACUCUCUUCAUGCCCUUUGAAGAGUUUGAGAAGAUCACCACUGGAAAUGAAGUCAUUGGGUUUUUCCAGGAAUACUUCCCUGACGCCAUACCGUUAAUAGGAGUUGAUUCUCUCAAAAGGGAUUAUUUCCGACUGCCUGCCCAGGCCAUGGUCUCCAUUAAGUGCUCCCCGUAUCACAUCGGAGACAAAUGUGUCCUUAUGGGUGAUGCGGCACAUGCAGUGGUACCUUUCUACGGACAGGGGAUGAACGCUGGUUUUGAGGACUGCAUCGUCUUUGAUGAAGUGAUGGAGCAGUUCAAUGAGGAUUUCGGUGCUGUGCUGCCUGAAUACACCAGAGUGAGAGUUCCUGAUGACCAUGCAAUCGCAGACCUGGCCAUGUACAACUAUGUAGAAAUGCGAGCACAUGUCAAUUCCAAAUGGUUCCUUUUCCGAAAAAGUGUUGAUAACAUCCUUCACUUUCUUAUGCCAAAGAAAAUAAUCCCACUUUACACAAUGGUUACAUUCACCAGGACACGAUAUCAUGAAGCUGUAGCACGCUGGCACUGGCAAGACAAAGUGAUAAAUCGUGGUCUGUUGCUUGGUGGUACAGGAGCAAUUUUGGGUGGCUCUUACCUGCUCAUCAAAUAUCCCCCAGAGAUCAACAAGCUCUGCAUCGCCAUUGAGAAAGUGUGGAACCAUAUCACGCCAUUUUCGUCCUCCUGAGUAUUUGGUACUAUUUGUCUGACCUGACAUUGCAGUAAUUAAAGUUUCCAACUCAGAGAGACCAUGUAUCCAAGCAUAAUACUCAAUUUAUCUGAUUAAUAUCGGGAAAAUAGGCCCAGUGGUACAUUUGUUGAUGAUUUUUAUGAAAUAUAAUCAGAAAUGUGAAAAUUAUUAAACAAGGUAGCUCAAAUGUAGGUGUCAAAUGUUGAAUCAUUGACAUAAAUAUGAAUCUUUUGUAUCUAUUUGAACAACUGACUAUUUGCAGAAAUAAAAAAAACAUUAGAUUU